AUUAUUCCCAUCUCAAGGCUUAAAAAAAAAAAAAAUCCGUAUCCCGCUAAGCCUAGAACAAGAGCUGUUCAACAACGACCUCUAUCCAUACAUGCUACCCGUAUCCAAUGUCGACAGAAGCCUUACGUGAGCUUCUUAGAUAUCCGCUGCUGCAAUGUUAAGGGCUCGUGCGUGGAAGGAUCGCAGCCAUCCCUUCGUGUGCGCAUUUUGCCGACAGAGUCUUGCCGUCAGUUCCCGAUCACAGCAUGGACGAGCCUUGUCGAUUUCUGCUGCUUCAUUGGAGCCCGUAAAGGCGCUGCGAGGGCACACCACCGAACGCAACGCCUCGAUCGCUUGCCAAAGUCGAUCGUUACAUAGGACGGCAUGUCUCAGCAAUUCUGCGAAUAAUAAUGAGGGACCUUCUAGGCCUGGGGGGUUCCCGGGUGCAUUCUCCAAUACUGGAGUGGGAGGUUGGGGCACAUUUGCAAAGCCGAAUACGGCAUCAGGCAACUCAACCUCAACAGAUGGAUUGCUCCCGCACGAGCGACUAGCGAGACAGCAAUCACCUGUCGUAGAGAACGUGCCGACCAAAACUGCGAAUGAACCCGAGAAAAGCGUAGGAAAUCGGCAAAGGAAUAAUGCGCAAGCCAGCAAGUCAAAGUCAGUUCUGGCCGACAUCUUCAGAACAAAUCGCGAGCCACGACCUCCGCCAACUCCCGAGUCGUGGUCUUCUGCGUCAAAGUCCGAGGGUGCUGCGGUCGAGAAGAAAGUCUCAACACUGUCUAAUGCUUUGAAUCGCCCCAGUACAGCCACUAAGGAUUCAUCAACAAGGUCAAACAGUAGCGUGAAGACGACUGGAUGGGGCUCAUUUAGUCAUCGCAAGGCUGAGACAGCUACUCACACGCAUGGAAUAGAUACUCGUGGAAAUCAAUCUGGCGUGUGGAGCGAAAUUACGAAAUCUCGAAAGCCUAAGGUCAAAUCAAAGCUUGGAACAAAGCCGCAUCUACAUGGCCAUGAAUCCAAGACCUCAACUAACAAACCUCCUCAAGACCAGAAAAUCCCGACUCAGGAUUUUUGGAAAGAGCUGGAAACAAGGGCUACGAGCUUUAGAGGGAAAGAUAAAAGCCAGAGUGAAAAACAAAAGCAAUCUACCGACAGGAGAAAGAGCACGCAGGCUGAUCGGGACCAGUGGGAAGAAGCAGCUACACCUAUACGAAAAGCUGAGGAUAGUGCUCAGCCCCAAAAGCAAAGACGGAAGUCGAGACUUGAGCUUGAAGAGGAGGAGGAGCCCGUGAAGACUCGAUCCAAAUCAAAGGCAAAGAAGUCCCAAAGAGAAACACGAGCCGCUGAAGAUGACGAGUGGGAUGACGAGGCCGUACACCGCUGGGAGCAGAAGCAACGUCGGAAGGCGGAGAAAGAGGCGCUAAAGCAGCAGGCCGCUCAAGCAGAGGCACAAACCAUUCCCAUAUUCCUUCCAGAAUAUAUCAGUGCAUCAAACUUGUCAAAGGCUCUGAAACAGAAUGUGGCCCCUUUCCUGCAUGAUAUGGAAGAGAUGGGCUUCGAGAAUAUCACAAGUGAUACAAUCUUCACUGGUGAGACGGCGGCCCUGAUUGCAAUGGAAUAUGGCUUUGAGCCAACUGUUGAUACCGGAUCGCUUCGAGAUCUCAGACCCCGACCAUUGCCGGAAGAUGUCUCGAAUUUGCCCUCUCGUCCUCCUGUCGUUACAAUAAUGGGCCACGUCGACCACGGUAAAACUACUCUCUUAGAUUGGCUUCGGAAGUCUUCAGUCGCAGCACAAGAGCAUGGCGGAAUUACCCAGCAUAUUGGUGCUUUUAUCGUGAAGAUGUCAUCCGGCAAGUCCAUCACAUUCCUCGAUACUCCUGGCCACGCCGCUUUCUUAUCCAUGCGCCAGCGAGGGGCAAACGUGACAGACAUUGUGGUUCUUGUCGUUGCCGCGGAUGAUAGCGUCAUGCCCCAGACUCUUGAGGCUUUGAAGCAUGCCACAAGUGCAAAGGUGCCCAUUAUUGUCGCCAUCACAAAGGUUGACAAGGAAGAUGCUCGCAUUGACCAAGUCAAAGCAGACCUCUCUCGCCACGGAGUCGAAAUUGAAGAUUACGGUGGCGAUGUGCAAGUUGUCUGUGUCAGCGGAAAAACAGGCCAGGGCAUGGAAGAUUUGGAGGAGAAUAUUGUCACGCUCUCUGAAAUCCUCGAUGUCCGAGCUGAAGAUGACGGCAUGGCUGAAGGAUGGGUUCUCGAGUCUAGCAUCAAGCCUCAGGGCAAGGCUGCAACAAUUCUGGUCAAGAGAGGAACUCUUCGCCCAGGAGAUUUGAUUGUUGCCGGCAAGACUUGGGCGAGAAUCCGUGUGCUGCGUAACGAAGCUGGCCUCGAGCUGAACUCUGCUCCUCCAGGAACACCAGUAGAAAUUCUCGGCUGGCGAGAACUACCCUCAGCUGGUGAGCAAGUUCUUCAGUCUCCUGACGAAGCCAAGGCCAAGACAGCGGUUGAAUAUCGCCAAGAGAUGGCUGGGCGUGAGCAAAGCUCUAUCCAGCUUGCUGAGCAAGAGCAGCGGCAGCGAGAAAAAGUGGCAGCAGAUGCUGCUGCUACCGAGACGGAAGGAGCUUCAAAAGCGACCGCUGGGGAGUCGACUACGACAGGAAUCUUCACCCAAAACUUCACUGUCAAGGCAGACGUGGUUGGAUCCGUGGAAGCCGUUUGCGGAACUGUCUUGGAGCUGGGCAGCCAUGAAGUGCAGCCCAAGAUUCUGCGAUCCUCUGCUGGCCAGAUUACGGAAUACGACAUUGACCACGCGGCGACGUCUAACAGCAUAAUCAUCAACUUCAACUGCACCAUCCCACCGCACAUUAAGCAACGAGCGGAAGAGGCCAAGGUCAAGAUUCUUGAUCACAAGGUCAUCUACCAUGUCAUCGAUGAUGUGAAAGCGGCACUGUCCGACCUAUUGCCCAUGAAUGUCACUUUCCGCGUCAACGGCGAAGCCGACGUGCUACAAGUAUUCCCCAUCAACUUGAAGAAGCGUGUGUUUAGAAACAUUGCCGGUUGUAGAGUCCGAAACGGUUCUAUCAAGAGGUCGUCUCGCGUCAAGGUCAUCCGCCGUGGCGAGGUAAUCUACGAUGGCAAGAUAGACACUCUCAAGCACGUAAAGAAGGAUGUUCAAGAGAUGGGUAAAGGAACGGAAUGCGGUAUCGGCUUAGAGGAAUUUGAUGGUUUCCAAGCGGAUGAUCAGAUCCAGACGUAUGAGGAGAUUAAGGAGAGGCGAAGUUUGUAAAACACAUUCCCCUCAAAAAUUAUUCGGUCGGUUAUGAUGGUAUAUAGACGUGUAGAUAUAUUGUACGAUAUGGAUGGACAUGUACUACUAUACUGGAUGCUCAGAGGAUGCUCUUCUCAUCCAUGAAUUGCUUUUGGGAAGCUCCAGAAAAAAGAAACGAAUAAAAUGACGAAGUUUC